ACACUACAACAUGUAGGAGAACACUUCCAGGAGCUCCUGUGGCGAUCAUUAUGCUUAAACUUGGAAAACUGCUGCUGAGGACGUCGGAUAAACCGACGUUGUUUGUCGUUGUAAAUUAGCUAUUUAUUUAAAGUGCGUUUUAUUUCCCGCGCUAACAGUAUUUCAGGACCAUGGACAAGGACCUGCGAAAUUCCACAAGGCCAAAGAAGUAGUACUACAGCCUGGGCUAAAUUUUGAAAACCACUGUUGUUGUUACUACUCCUGUUCUUGCAUUUGAUUGUCUUAAGUAUUUCUAUACUUUAAAGGAACAGACCCAAUAGAAUACAAGCAUGUAAAAAUACUGCUUUUGGAAAUCCGCGUAAUUUUUGUUUGUUAAUUUCGCUGGGCGAAAUUAGAAAAUAUCGAUAUAUCGCCGUGAAUGUGUUUUUCCAAACAUAACGAGUUGGCUGUGAGCUCGCCUGACGGUAAGGCUCUAUGUUUAAGAAAAUAAACGCCGUUUUCCGUCCCAACCACGGACAAAGAAGUAAGGAUGGCUGCCAGUCGGACCUCUAUCAUAAAGCGUGUACGGUGAAGUUGGUGCGGAGCACCUCGAUGCUCAUCGUGGGAGACAGUCGUCAGAAGACGACCGACUCUUCUUUAAAAAGGAGUAAAAGCUCCAUAAGUAUUGAGUCGACCGCACUUUACUACUAUAAACAAGAGGACCGGGUCUGGUUAUACUCUAGGACUCAGGACUGCCUUCAGUAUCUGGAGGAUUUAAUGGCUUUGAGGAGACAGUACCUCAAAAGCGUCAACAAUUUGAAAAGCAACGUCAACAAAGCAAACCAUUCCUCGGCGUCUACAGAGGCAAAGUCGGCUUCUUCGCCAUCCCCUAAGAAAGAAAAGAAGACAACGAAAACAAAAGCUAAGGCGCCCCCUGUUCCUGACGAAGUCAACACUCUUGAGUAUUUUGAUGCGGUCAUUGCCAGUUAUGACUCAGAAAAGAAGAGUAGACCAUAUACAGAUGAUGGACAUGCAGAUGUUGACUUCAUUGUUGCCACCAGUACCAGUGACCACGACUUGCACUCUAACUGGAUGCUAAGGGAUCCCAGGCGGUUCUCCAUGGACGAGGCAAAGCUGAAGAAGUCCAGCAGGAAAUCUCAAAGGAGUAAUGAGAAUGGAACAGUCAGUAGCCAAAAAAAGCUGCAGAGAAACCCGAUACAUUUACCCAAAGUUGUAGAAAGUGCCUUUCAAACACUACGAUUCAAACCAAAACUGAAGAAUAAAAAUGAGUGACCUCACAUUUAAUCCAAAAUUCAUCUUUCUUUUUAAAUUAUUUUUUUAAUCUAUUAAAAUCUAGGAUUUGUUGUUGUUUGUUUGUUGGCAGGAAAAGACAGCUUGGCCAUGUCAAACAGAAAGCUCAAAAUUUACAGUCAUUGAUCUGUCACUACACAACACUGAAAAAGCAGUUUAAGAGAAAAGUAAUCAAUUUUGAUAUCCUUUAAAACCAAUAAAUGUUCAUCUACAAAAAUGCAAAAAUCAGGUUUGUGCUUCAGAGAUGGAUUAUACCGUAUGUUCCCAUAUGAAUGGACUCCCAUAGUUAUGUCACUAAAAUUCAGGUUUAUUCAGAAGAAAUGUUCAGAUUUUUCAAUGUUAUGUUAUAAUAUUGCAUAUACUGUACAUAACAGAAAUAAUAGGCCCUGAAGAAAAGUAUUUAUGUGGAAUUAACAAGACCAUUAAGAAUGGUAAUAAAUACCUCUAGAUCAAAUAGUUGUAAUUGAUAAAGGAAUCUGUGGAAGCUCACAGUGUUAAUUAUCUCUGGAUGUGAUCAUUACUAUUGACCUAUUUUAUUGACUUCCAGUCGACUAACCCCUCAGAAUUCUAACCAAAAAUAAAGGAAUAUACAGGACAGUUCUGUUUCCUGGCCAACUAAUGGGAGAUACACUGUUCCUUAGUUUCUCAUGAAUAAUGCACAACAUAGUUACGUUGAGAGAUAUCUAUUUCAGGGGCAUAUAAAGCUUCCUUUCAAGUACGUGCACUUUCUGGAAACAUUUUUUCAGUUGUCAGCUUCAGACGUUAGUCAGACUCGCAGCCAUUCCCAAUAACGGUUUUCCCAUCACAAAUUGUUUGAACUAUGAGUUAACUUGGAGCCAUAAAAUAAAAUGAAUGUUCUUUGAUGUUGUUUAUUCAUUUGUCAGGAACAUUGUCACACGUCCUACAUCUUUGUUAUGGCUAACAGGAAAAAGUGCUAAGCCAAAAAAUAUUCAAACAUAGUAAGUAAGCUCCGUUUGGCCGGAUGAAGCUCACUGGUUUAUGUUCCAGGAUAACUAUGUCUCAAAUCAAUUACAUGAAAAUAUAUAUUUUUAAAAAAUAGUAUCAUAUAACUGUAAUUCAUGUGCAAAUCAUAAGCAGUAAACAAAAUCUCAUUGAAUACAUCUUUUUUCAAAGUGAUUUAAGUGGAACACAAAUUCUUUUUACUAUAUAUUGGAUGCAUGAUUAAGAACACUAGAUGGUAUCUCAUUUUAUGUGAAUUAAGACAACGACAGAACAUAGAACUUCUUUGUAUGUUAUAAAGUGAUAUGAUAUAAAGUUGUUUGUCAAAUAUUAGUACGUGCUGUUUUAUUUUUUAAUUAUUAACACUUUGUGACCACUUUAGUUCCCUUAGAAUAUGCAGAAUAUUGUAAAUGUGCUGUCGUUUAAAGUAUUAAAGUUUUCAUUAUCUUUGGGUAUUUGGUUAUGUAUAAACAAAGCAAUAUCUGUUCCACUGGG